AUGGAUCCAGAUCCAUCCCGUGGCAAUCCAUUAAGCUUGUUCGCUUUGAAGUAUAUGGGUCGCUCCUAUGUGUACGCUCCGAAGUUAGCCAACACCGAAAUAGAAAACAUGAGUCAACCUGGUAUGAAUCCAAGAAUCCCACUGCCAAGCUGCCCAAUUCCCAAGUAUCAAAGCCAAGCAGUGGCAAAUGGACUUCAUGGCGAGGGAACGGAAAGGAGAUCGACAAGUGAGGUCUCAAGCAGAAAUAUCAUGGAUAUAUCUAGCAUACUGAACCUAGUCGUUGACCGCGAGGUGGAAAUCUUCACAGAGGGAAAGAACUUCCUUCCAGAUGCAUCUGCUAUAGGGUCGCCCCUGGUCCUUGGUUCAGGAGAGAACUCCCAACCAGCAGCAACACAAACCACUAUCAAUGGAAAGCUUGAUUUUGAUCGGAGAAAUGAUGGAGGAACUGGAGACAACAAACAUACGUGCUCCUACUGCGCUCGCAUCUUCUCACGAAGAGAGCACGUGAGAAGGCAUAUAAAGCAGAUCCAUCUCGGACUCCGGCCCUUUCCAUGCCUAGAAUGUGGCAAAACCUUUAAAGACAAAUACCACUUGAAAACACACACAGGAAGCCGCGGAUGCCAGCCUUCCAAGUCCCUCGGCUUAGGCGAAGGACCUCAGACUACGACUUUCGUCGAGCUAAGUAGUAGGCCUGAAUCAGAGCUAAUUGCAGGCCGGUCUUUACUUGUCCUAAGUAGAAUUGCCCAGCCGACAGCCACUGCCGAACCUUCCUCGGAGGGACACGAAGAUGAAGUCAAUACAGACAACGAGCAUGCAGAUGAGGGGAUAUUGCUGGACUGGGACUAG